AUGGAGGGUCGGUCGUUAUCGGAGUUGAAGGUGGCGGAUCUUCGGCGCGAAUUAGAGAAGCGUCAAAAAGACAAGGCUGGUGUUAAACAGGUUCUUAUCGACCGACUAAAAGAGGAGGAUGGUCACGAUCCACUCACCUACAGGUUCGGGAAUGAGCUUGAAUUGCAACGCACGGAGACGGAAGGCACAGAUGCAUCCGCGUGUUGCCGUGUAGCAUUAUGUGAUGUAAUAUCGGUCCACUCAGUUAAUGGUGAUGAUGCUGAUCCGGCCCACCUCAAGGACGAUUCAUCCGUUAAUCGGAAUGAACAGCUCCAAUCGGAUCCGGGAAGCGAAGAGCAAGUCGAACAUAAGAAGAUCGCGGAAGAUCCUGUGACCUACGUAGUGCAAGUUGGUGACCAAGAAGAGGAUUUGGAUUAUGAUUUGAAGACAGAAGGUGAAACGACUGUAGAAAACUCCAGUGCGAAAGAUAAUUCAGAAAAAUCCCAGGAUGCAUCUCAGAAAGAAACUGAUAGCGCAGAAAGCACCCGGUCUCCUGGAGGCUGUUUCGGAUUCCUUCAAAUGGCAUCUGCAGAGGAUGCUGCGAAAGCGGCUCGUCAUUUUGAUUGCAGUGAUUACAAUGGACAUAAAAUAAGCGUUGAGGCUACUGAAAGGAAGCCACCUGCUCUCACCUCAAAGAUCAGCGAUCGUCCAAACCCAUCCCGCGUCAAACAUCCCAAUGCAUCCGUCAAAACGGAAUCGUCUCGCCCACGUAGAAGGGUACCACUCAGUCGUGCCUCAAGACGCCCGAGAUCUCGACCAUGGUUUGCCCGAGCGAGAGCUGCCGCUGCCCGAGCGCUACAGCUAAGGCGCAUGGCCCACAGGAGUCUUGUGGUUGAGGCUCGAAGAGAACCUCCUCGGAUUUCACGACCGCCUCCUCGGAUGAACCCACGAUUAUUGGCCUACCAAUCUUUGAAAAGAGCUUCUCUGUUGCUUGCUGCCGCGCGUUACGGAUCGAGUAGAUCAUCCCAUGUUCGCGAACCGGCCCCACCUCGAUACGUUGGCACCAUGCGAAGUCAACCGCAGUUCGCCCGUCCAGAGUCUGAGCCCAUAGUACGCGAAUCGCCCCGAUUACGAGAGCCUCUCCCUCCUCCACCUUCAGACAGACGCCGUUCGCUGCCGUCUGCUCGUCCAUUGGAUUCGCAUCAAAGAGCUCGCGCACCGCGAUCUCCGCCGGAAAUUCAACGUCCGUAUGGUCGUCCUGUCCUACCUCAUCGCCCCGAAGGGCAUCCUUACGAACGCAUGGAUACGAGUCGCUCUCAGUUGAGCGCAAAUCGACAUCCCCCAUCACCGAUGAGCCCCCCUUUCGGUCGCGUUCCGGAACACUAUCGAUCUCCAUAUGAAGCCUCAAUGGAGCGUCGACCCAGUCCAGUUCGGGGCUAUCCGUCACGGCCUUUACCAUCGCCACGUCGUGAUUAUAGAGACAUCAGUCGUAGUCCACCCAGGUCGCGCAACAUGUCGCUAAUGCGACCAUACCCGGAUACCUCGCCACAGCACGACACGCGUAGUCUCCGCUCAAUUCGUGAUCGCAGUCCUCCGACGUACAAUAGCAACAGUGGUCCUCGACCGAAAGUAGUGGAUUACGGACAUCGUUCAGAACCCCAUGAAAACUACCCCGGUUGGAAGAACAAUAGCCCACGAAUUCAAACUCCGGGUCAUACAUGGAAACCGGCUGGCCAUUCAUUCGUUUCCAAUUAUGGGUCUCGUCGUUAUUGA